UAUAAUUCAAUUGGAAGGAGUUAUAAUUUGAACGUUAAAAAAAAAAUUGCAAUAUGGAAGGUGGUGCAUUAUAUUCCCGGACUAUAUAUGUAGUCUCUUUUGAAACCGCCAAGUUGUUGCUCUUUCUGUUGAAGUAUUUGAUUUACUGGUAAAUCUCAUUCGGCGGCAAUUUUCAAAUUUUAGCGCACAAAGCUAGGGUUUUACGCAAUCACAAAAAACUCAGUAUUAGAUUCUUGUGCUGAAAUCUAUCAAGGUUUUGUUGCGAUUCGUUAUCUUUUUCAGCUGGAAAGGAUAAAGAAAACAAUGGCUGAUAGGGACUCCCGUGGUUCUUCAGCAAGACCACUUUUUAUUGGAGGCAUUUCUAUGGAGAUAACCGAAGAAUCAUUGAGGGCCCAUUUCGGGCAGUUUGGAGAUCUAGCUGAUUUUGUACUAAAGCGUGAUAAAGUCUCUGGAAGGCGACUAGGAUUUGGAUUUGUUACAUAUGCUAACCCGGAAAUUGCAGAUGAAGUUUUAAACACAUACCAUAACAUAGAUAGUAAAGAGGUGGAUGUGAAGAUACCAGUAACUUAUAGACAGAGAAUUCAUGUUGGUGGUCUUCCAUCAUCUUUAACUGAAGGUGAGUUGAAGGAAUAUUUUUCUUCUUAUGGCAAUGUUGUGGGGCAACAGAUCAUUUUGGAUAAAACAACUGGUCGCUCCAGAGGCUUUGGCUUUGUGAGUUUUGAUAAAGAAGAAGCAGUUGAACGUGUUUUAUCUAAUAGCGAUAUGCAUGAACUUCGUGGCAAACAAGUUAAAACUACGAGGGUUUUUCCAAUUAGAGCUGGUGCAGCUGGUUAAAGAGGCAGCAGCUAUGGUACUGUGCCUGCCUCCUAUUGUCGUGGUCGUGGUUAUGGGAACAGUGGUAACGGCUGGAAUGAUGGGGGCAACAGAGGAUAUGGAGGUGGUGGCAGAAAUGGUGCCUGUGUAUAUGGGAACGCUGGUAAUAGAAAGUAUUAUCCUUAUUGAAAGUGACAAGUUCGCCUCCAAGGCUGCAAAUAUUAGAUGAGUUUUGACUGUUGCAUUUAGGUGUAAAAUUUUUGCUGGUGCCCCCUACCACUAACUUCUAGUAAGAUAGAUGUAUUAGCCUGUAAACUUUGGGAUAUAAAGAUAGCAUAGUUCU